GGACAGAAAUUACAGGUACGCCCACGCCCUGUUAGUCAGCAUACUCGGCAUAGUUUAGCAGUAGCCAGCGUCCUUCCCCCGCAUCUCUAGAAGGAAUCUACCUAGGUUAGGUAGGUUAUAAUACCUAAAUCUCCAAUAAUGCUCAGGCGAACCGGGCUCCGGAAGCCAAUCCCCAAGUCUUCAUCCCUGUCUUUAGCCCCUCCCCCACCUUACCGUACCCCUUAUUCUCCUCGUCCUUCUACUACUCCACCUUCACUAUGUCCACCUUCACUAUGGUUCACGCUAUCGUCCCCAGCGUCCCCAGCGUCCCCAGCGCUCCCAGUAUCCCCGCACCGGGAAUACCGGGUGGAUGAUCUCCCAUACUGUUCCUACUUAUCUCAACUUGCCGGGCCUAUGCCCACUGAAUUGCCCAUCCCGACUUCAUGGACCGAAACCGCACCUGUCGGUAGCCCAUGCAAUCGAUACGGAGGGGAACUGUUCGGCAAAAACUUGGCUUUCGAUGGAGUAACCAAUGGGCUCGACCUUCGUGGCUUAAGUGUGCGUCAACGCCAUGUUAAUAGCUCUCACGCAACGACUUUCUGGGCCUAGAGCAACAAUAGCAACAAUAGCAACCACCGCAACAACAGCAACAACCAAAAAUACUCAACAACAGUCCGUCACUUUAGAUAUAUUGAAACAGCAACAGUUCCGCGCAUCUUCCACGUCUAAGCCCGCCAUGUACACAGCAUCGUUUGCCUUUUUCGAGGCGAUAUGGGAGGCAGGUGUCACGCACUGCUUCGUCAACUUAGGCU